GGGCAACAGAACCGGACGAAAAUUUAAUGAUGGCCGCGACGCGAUGGUGUUGGGCCCUGGUGGUGGCGGUACUGCUGGUGGCUACGGCUCGAGGCGAGGCCUCGGACGCGAAGAUUGCCAAGGCUCGCAUUGAGGACGUUGAAGUCAAGUACAUUCCCGGACGCAGCCCCAAGAUCAUGUUCUUCACGGCCGAGGACGUCAAGGUCGAGACGGUUGAUCUCGCGCCCUUGCAGCGUGAUGAGGCCGAAAAGCUGCUGACGGACCGCGGCUUUUUGCGGCUCGCGAUUCAAUUCAAGCAGUUGGUCUACCUCUCGCAUGCUAGCCUCCGUUCCAGCGGACCAAGAAAAGCCAAGAUAGACAGCAAACAAAAAGGCAUCUGA